AUGGCUGAACAAAUCGAGAAGGCCUACCAGAAGCAACACCUCUUCCAGAACGCCAAAAUCCGUGGCGGCAAGAAAGUUUCGACCAAGGAGAAGAGAUGGUACAAGGAUGUUGGUCUUGGAUUCAAGACGCCCGCCGAUGCUAUUAACGGCACAUACAUCGACAAGAAGUGCCCUUUCACUGGAGACGUUUCCAUCCGUGGCCGUAUCCUCACCGGCAAAGUCGUCUCCACGAAGAUGACACGCACAAUCAUUAUCCGCAGAGACUACCUCCACUACAUCCCAAAAUACAACCGUUACGAAAAGAGACAUAAGAACUUGGCUGCUCAUGUCUCGCCUGCUUUCCGAGUGGAUGUCGGAGAUGUUGUAACCGUUGGUCAAUGCCGGCCACUGUCGAAGACUGUUCGAUUCAAUGUUCUGCGGGUGUCGAAGAGCAAGGCUGCGACCAAAUCGUUUUCUAAAUUCUAG